AUGCUUACAUCUACACCAGGGAAUGUAAUCGUGUGCCUUUUAUUCGCUUUGAGCGUCUAUCUCUCGAAGACUGCAUCCGCACAGAUCUCAUAUAACGUGCUGGAGGAGGUGAAACCGGGAACCACGGUCGGUAAUCUAGCUAAAGACAUCAACCUUUCAGUAAAAGAGCUGCAAUCCAGGGGCUUUCGCAUCGUGUCAGGCUCUAAAAAGCAGUAUUUUAGUGUGAAUGUAGAUACUGGGGCUUUGCAGGUGAGUGAGAGGAUUGAUCGAGAGGAGCUUUGCGCAGGCGCAGUUGCGUGCUCUGUUAAUCUGGAAGCGGUGGUGAACAGUCCUCUGCAGCUCUAUCGGGUAAGAAUAAACAUUCUAGAUAUUAACGACAACUCUCCAGUGUUUCCUACGAGCUCUGUAGUGAUUAACGUGAGUGAAAGCACCGCGCCCGGUGUGCGCUUUCCACUGGAGAGUGCGCACGAUGCUGACAUCGGAGUGAAUUCAGUUAAAACCUACAAGCUAGCCACUAAUGAUUACUUCAGUUUAGAUAUGCAAACUCAUACUGAUAAGACUAUAUCGGCAGAGUUAGUGCUUCAGAAGGCGUUAGACCGAGAAAAGACUCCUCGGCUUGAGUUUACAGUGACUGCAUUUGAUGGUGGAUCGCCUGCUAGGACAGGAACCGUAAUGAUCGAAGUGAAUGUGUUGGAUAUUAAUGACCAUGCUCCGGUGUUCAGUAAAACACUGUAUAAGGUGUCCGUAGCUGAGCAUGCACUAGUUGGCACCGCAGUAGCCAGACUACAAGCUCGAGAUCUGGAUGAGGGACUGAACGCGGAGAUUGUGUACUCUUUUGUCGAUCGAACGGCUCAGAACAUUAGGGAGAAGUUUGAAAUUGAUGCACAGAGUGGAGAUGUGAAAAUCAAGGGUGAUAUUGAUUAUGAGGAGAGUACGGCGUUUGAGAUCAGAGUUCAGGCGACUGAUAAAGGUCAGGUGACUAUGUCUGGUCAUACUAAGCUUUUAAUUGAAGUCCUUGAUGUUAACGAUAACCCCCCGGAUGUUACUGUAACGUCCCUUCUGAGCCCGGUGGAGGAAAACGCUGGGAGGGGAACAGUGAUCGCGUUAAUGACUGUAUCAGAUCCAGACUCGGGUAAAAACGGAGCUGUGCAUGUUCGCCUUUCUGGAUUCAAUCCAUUUAAACUACAGUCGUCCUUCCAGAAUUAUUAUUCAUUAGUUUUAGAUGGCGUGUUAGAUCGGGAAAAUGUUACUGAGUACAACGUUACGGUAAUCGCCGAAGAUGAAGGGUCACCUUCAAUGUCUAGAGUUAAAGUAAUACGAGUGGAGGUCUCUGAUGUGAAUGACAACGCGCCUCGCUUUGCAAGUAGUGUUGAGUAUGCGUAUCUGCGAGAAAAUAGCAACGUGGGGACUGUUAUAAUGACACUGACAGCAUCUGAUGCUGAUAUCAGAGACAAUGCGCAUUUAACAUACUCUUUACUUCAGAGCUCAGUUGGUGGUACACCUAUUUCAGCUCUUCUGAAAGUGAACUCGCUGACUGGAGAGAUCGAGAGCAUGCUGACGUUUGAUUACGAGGAGAUUAAGACGUUUGAGUUUAAAGUUCAGGCCACAGACUCUGGUGUUCCUCCGCUCAGCAGUAACGUGACUGUAAAUGUGUUUGUCCUGGAUGAGAAUGACAACAGUCCCGCGAUUCUCGCGCCCUAUUCCGAGCUCGGCUCCGUUAACACCGAGAACAUUCCCUAUUCUGCUGAGGCGGGCUACUUUGUGGCCAAGAUCAGGGCUGUAGAUGCAGAUUCCGGUUACAAUGCUCUGUUGUCCUACCACAUCUCUGAGCCCAAAGGAAACAAUCUGUUCCGAAUCGGAACCAGCAGCGGGGAGAUCAGGACUAAGAGGAGAAUGAGUGACAAUGACCUGAAAACUCACCCGCUGGUCAUUUUGGUUUGUGAUAACGGAGAGCCCUCACUGUCAGCGACUGUGUCUAUUGAUGCUGUGGUUGUUGAAAGCGGAGGUGACGUCAAGACUCCAUUCAGACAUGCGCCGGUAAAGGAGGAGAGUUUCUCGGAUUUAAAUCUGUAUUUGCUGAUCGCCAUUGUGAGUGUGUCCGUCAUCUUUUUACUGAGCCUCAUCAGUUUGAUAGCUGUGAAAUGCCACAGGACAGACAGCAGUUUGGGCAGGUACAGCGCCCCGAUGAUCACCACACACCCUGACGGGAGCUGGUCUUACUCCAAAUCUACUCAGCAGUAUGACGUGUGUUUUAGCUCAGACACACUGAAGAGUGACGUAGUGGUUUUCCCCGCGCCAUUUCCGCCUGCAGAUGCAGAACUGAUCAGUAUUAAUGGAGGAGACACUUUCACCAGAACACAAACACUCCCUAAUAAAGAGAAGCCUAAAGUUCCCAGUUCAGACUGGAGAUAUUCGGCGUCCCUCAGAGCAGGAAUGCAAAGUUCUGUCCGUAUGGAGGAGUCCUCUGUGAUGCAGGGAGCUCAAGGAGUCCUGGUUCAGAACUGGCCCACCGUUUCCAGCGCUCCCGAUAAUGAGGGUGGAGAGGUGUCUCCACCUGUAGGCGCUGGAGUGGACAGCAACAGCUGGCAUUUCCGAUAUGGGCCGGGUCCCGGAGGCCCUCCGCACCUGAAACCCGGUGAAGUUCCUCCCGAAGCCUUCAUCAUCCCUGGAUCUCCGGCCAUUAUUUCCAUCAGACAAGGACAGGACGGUGACGACAAGAGCGACUUUAUUACCUUUGGGAAAAAGGAGGAGGCCAAGAAGUUAAAGAAGAAAAAGAAGAAGGAGAAGAAGGAUAAGCGGGAGAAAGGGAAGGAUGAUGAUGAUUAGAGAGACAGAGGAAGGAUGUCUUUUAAAAGACAGAAGUCUCAACGAAAGUCUGUAGAACAAAAAGUGUGCGUUUAUUAAGUCUGAGAUGCAUAUUUGGGAGCUCGUCCAAAUGUUUUCUUUUUACAAAAACGUUCCUGUUUGAUUACACAAAUACAUGGCAUCCCUUUCCAUUUCUUAAUGAUGAAACUGAUUAAUCUUGCCUGUUAGAUUACUGAUUAGUGUUCUCUACAAUUCAGACUGGAGUUGGUACGUCUGUCUUUUUCAUCCGAUUGGCUUUUGUUUUCCUUUUGAUAGGAAGACAAAAUCUGAUGUAUAAUGUUUGUUAGCUGUGUGCCGCUUCAAGUGUGUUAAAAUGCAGGAGGGAAAAAAAAAACUGCACAUGCUGGUGUAAAUAUGCAGGUCGAGGUGUGUGAAGACGCUAAGUUAACGCUUUUUGCUCAUUCACUUCUCCUGGUGCAGGAUGGGAGAAACAUCCUGUAAAACGAGAGACGCUGAUACAUACUUUCACACAGAGGACACAAAAAAAGUCUCACAUCCUCGAAAUAAA